GCAACCGCGUGACGCCUCUGGAAGCCAGAGAAGGUCGACCGCAACUUCCCUUGGUUCUUUCUUCGAUCGAUUGAUUACUUUUAGGGUUUCGUUCUCGAUCAUUGGAGGGUCGGGGUGGUGGUGGUGGAUCUGAGCGAGAGGAUGUCAUACGCUUACCUCUUCAAGUACAUCAUCAUCGGCGAUACAGGAGUGGGGAAAUCAUGUCUUCUCCUGCAGUUUACUGACAAGCGCUUCCAACCUGUGCAUGACUUGACAAUUGGUGUUGAAUUUGGAGCUAGAAUGAUAACCAUUGACAAUAAGCCCAUAAAAUUGCAGAUAUGGGAUACAGCUGGCCAGGAAUCUUUUCGAUCAAUUACCAGGUCCUAUUAUAGAGGUGCUGCUGGUGCCCUGCUUGUAUAUGACAUCACCAGGAGGGAGACAUUCAAUCAUCUUGCUAGCUGGCUGGAAGAUGCAAGGCAACAUGCAAAUCCUAAUAUGACAAUCAUGCUGAUUGGCAACAAAUGUGAUUUGGCUCACAGAAGAGCUGUGAGCACCGAGGAAGGAGAACAGUUUGCCAAAGAGCAUGGAUUAAUCUUUAUGGAGGCCUCCGCUAAAACAGCACAGAAUGUUGAGGAGGCUUUUAUUAAAACGGCAGCAAUGAUAUACAAGAAAAUUCAGGAUGGUGUCUUUGAUGUAUCAAAUGAGUCAUACGGAAUCAAAGUUGGAUACGGAGGAAUUCCUGGUCCAUCUGGUGGAAGGGAUGGCUCAUCUUCUCAAGCUGGUGGUUGUUGCAGCUGAGCUUGUGCCACUGAUGUUUCUUAUUUGUUCUGUUUCAUCCUAAUAAACUGAGCCUGACCGGUGUUAAUUGGUUCUUCCAGUGUCAAGUAUGCAUGAUGGCAAAUAUUGUGUAAUCCGUCUGUACAUUAGUUGGUAUACCACCGGUGACUAGCUCCUCUAUGUGUGUGCAUUUGUUCUUGAAAGGUUGUAUCAGUUUGGGUC